CAAGCAAGCAAGUAUCAUUGAAAGAAACGUAAGCAACUGCAACGCGUUGCGUGGUGCAAACCAACUGUACCUAAUCUAUCUGUUCGAAAGAUUUUACUUCUUUUUUUCAGAUCAUUCAUAUGUGUUUCAAAAAAAAAAAGAGAAAAAGAAGAAGAAAAAAAUCGUAACAGCUUAGUUGAAACGAUUAAAUUAAAUGCAUUACUAUUGGGUUGUUCUGCGCAAAUAAUAUUUCUUUUUUUGUCGCAUAGUGCAGUUUUAAACGCGUACAAGAUUUACGCUAAAAUAUUCGCAUAAAUUUAUUUAUUGAAGUGUCUUUUAUUUCAAUUAAAUUCGAACGCGAUGUAAUCGAAAUCCUGUCCGAUCAAAAUAAAUUUAACAAAGUUUGAAGAAGAGACAAGUGUGCUACCACGUUGUGUGAAAGUCUAAUUAAUAAUAAUAAUAAUAAUAAUAAUAAUAAUAAAAAGGGGGGUGAUAUGGUGGAUGUUACGACGGCAUUGCCAUCGUCGGCAGGGGGCUCAUUAAUUGGUCGAACACGAGGAGCCUUGAGAACUGUCAGAUCUGCAUUAGGAGGUAGCGGUGAAUAUCUUCAAGGUUUAGGAAAUAGAAUAGGAUCGGCAUUGAGUAAUAGUUUAGAAGAAAACGAAUUGACGACACCGUCCUCGACUCCUUCGUCGCCCCCUCCUCAAGGUUCUACGCCAAUGAAAGAAGUCGAACACUUGGCUCGAAGAAAAUUGAGACUUCCAAGAUUCGGUGCUGGUUUAUCGUAUGAAGAUUACGAAGCAAUGGCUAGGCACAAAUUAGAACGACAAGGUAGUGCCAGUUUGUCGAGAAUUUCGAGAAAGUAUCCACGUGGAAUGACGUACGAGGAGAUAGCAUCGUCUAGAUCUAGCUCGCACAAAAGACAGGAAGCUAAAUCUAAUGAGUACGAGGACAACAGUCCUGAUAGAGAUAGUCAGGAGAGUAUAGAACCACUUCAGGAAAAGGAUAUUAAAGCUACCGGACCUGAUCCUUACGAAAAAUUAAAUUACAAAUCAGCAAGGGCCCCGACUCGCUAUCAGACGGUCAUUUUUCGGUUAGAUAUGCCUUGUAGCAGUGAUUCGACCAGCGAUCAAGAUGGUUAUGGUCCUAGCACAAGUUUGGAUUCCAACAUGGAUGGACGCAGAUUUUGGCAAAGAUCAGGUUCUUCCGGUUCCGUUCAAUCAUGGGCAUCGAGUUUAUCGGCUGACAGCCAAUCCGAAGAGGCAGCUGCCGAUUUUAUGAAAUCUUUUGUCCCAAUGCUUUUCGAAACUCCUAAUAAUAUUGAUCAAGAACAAAAGGCUAAUUUUGGUCAAAUGGUUCUUACGGAAUCUGGUAGGAUAUGGUUUUCCAGAGUGGUUAAUGCGAGAAGAGCACGUGCCUGUGUCUCCGAGGCUUCUUUUUAUUCCUUAGCUCAACAUUUCGCAGUAGCAUUAUUCGAAUGUCACGAGGCAGAUGAUUUUGCCCCGGCAAAAAGUCUUAUGAACAUGUGUUUUACUUUUUAUCACGAGGUCGAGGUACCAGGUUUGGAACCCUAUAGGGAAUAUCUUUACACGCAUUUACGAGUACAACCAAUCUGGUCGUCAAUGAGGUUUUGGACUGCUGCAUUUUUCGAUGCAGUGCAAUGCGAAAGAGCAUCAAGGCCAGUACCACCUAGACCUAAAUCUCUCGAUCAGGAAGCAAUAGCGGCAGAAGACAGAAGAUUUCAAGCUAAUAUAGUUUUUGGACAAUUAGGUACGUUUACCUGUAACAUGCACGCCUUUGGUCUAUCACGUGCCCUUUGCUUGGAGUUUCUGAGAAAACAAUGUAUCAUUGCAAAUUUAACAAAAGAUCAAGAAAAAAUGUUACGCGAUAAUAUAGAAAGGAUGUAUAACGAGACCGAACCGUGGCGGUAGUUUCCUUUCAAUCGUAUUAUCCAUAUUUUGAUUUAUCUAAUAAUUAUUUAAAUUAUAAUGAGAAAGAGAAAUGAUUUUACAAAUGGAAUGUGGGUUAUGAAAUAUUAAUGCAAAUCUCGAUAUCGUCAAUUAAAAUGAAAUAUUAAUCUAUAAGAUGGGAAAGCAAGGUAAUAUUUUGAUAUCGAAUACAGUGAUAGAAAUUGUCAAUUGUUCAAUAUGUAUAAUGGUUGUGAUUUCAUCAAAGUAUUCGAGAAUUCAUUUUACGUAUUAUAACGGUGAUUAAGAAAUGAAACGUGUGUUCCUAAAUUAAUCGUUGCAAGUGCGAUUACGUUAACGUUUAAAAUUAAUUAGAAGCAAAUAUUACAUUUUUUCCCUUUUUUAACAUUAACGCAAUUUAUUAUAAUAAUAAUGCACAAAUAAUAUUUUUAUCUUGACUAUGCUUAAUCAUUGAUACGCGUAUAAAUAUUAUAUGCAUUUGAAAUAAUAUUUAUUUGGCUUUUUUUUUCCGAACGGCAUAAAUGCACUAAUAUUAUAAUAGUAUUCAGGCUUAAUAAAGACAAUAAAGUUUUUCGCGAUGAGCUUUUAAACUCGGUUUAUUAAAUCGUUAAUAUUCGUAUCGUUUGAUAAAACUUGUUAAUAAUAAUCGACGAAAUGAUUAUUAACGCGUCGAAAUUCGUCGUCGUCGUCGUCGUUUCAAUUUGCGAAAAUGUAUAAAACUGAAAUUAUUGUAAAAGAAAGAAAGAAAAAAAAAAAGUAUACACAUAAAAAAUACAUAUAUUCUCUUGCUAUUUUGAAGUAAAUAAUUAGGGAAUUGUAUUAAAAUAAUAUAUAUACCUAAUAGAAUAAUAUAUUUGUAAGUAACAUGUAAUAUAAAAAAGAUGUUCUCUAAGAUCAAUAUAUUUAAUAUAUAUAUAUCAGAGCAAGAAAUGUAAAAGAAACGAUAACGAAUAUAAAAGAAAAAGAAUUUUUGAAAAGACUUUACUAUACUUCGCGUUAAAUGCUAAAGUUUAUUUUCAAAAAAUAGCGACCAUGUAAAUAAGACGUGUAAACGUCAAAUUAUAAUAUUUAAAGUACACAUAUCAUGAUAUUGCAAUCAUAAUAAUUAAUGCUCAAAAUGAUACCACGAUAAUUAAUAACAUUGAAUGGUAAUUUAUCAUAUUUAUGCAAAUUUUGGGAAUUUUCUUUUUUUUGUAAUUUGUCACACAAUACAACGAGUUUGUAAUAUCAUUUAUCAUAUUCGUUUAUCGUUCAAUUGGAUAUUCAUAUCCUUUAUUUAAUUGUCUUGCAUUAUACGAUCCUUCCGUAAAUCAUUGAAACUCUUUCUCAAGGCAAAUCGGUUUGUAGCAGUUGUAGGCAAAUUUUUCCCGGAUACAGCGGUUGAUCUGAUCAUUGGAUUACUCGACCUCAAAGAUUUCAUUAUGUUGAUACUAUUUAAAGGUCCUUUAGGAAUACGAUAUUUCGUGUCAGUUUCAUCCAUUAUUUUAGGACUUAUCUUAGGACUUGUUUUAGGUGAAUUUUCAUUAAAAUCAGUAACACGUUCUAACAUUUCUUUUCGAUCAAUAACAAUUUUCGAAUCCGAUGUAGUGUUAGUUUCUUUUAUCGGAAUUUUGUUCGUUGAACGAUCAGAUUCAUUUAAUUUGAUAUUUUCGAUAAUUGAAUUGUUCGACAACGUAGUCAUGGAAUCAGAAUUUUCCGACAAACGAUCGACUUUUUUGUUAGUUAAAUCACGUUUUAAAUCUUUCAUAGUAUUUAUAGUUUUACGAGUUUGUUCAUUUUUUCUCGUUGAAUCGGUUAAAGUUCUCGCAUCCUCGAGAUAACUAUAAUCGUAAUCAAAAACUGUCCUAGGACUACGAAUUCUCUUUAAACUUUCCUCUAUAAGAUAAGCCAAUUCGAAAUUUUCAUUCUUCAUGAUCAUCGAUUCAUUCAAGAAAGAUGAUUUAUCGCUGGUUAAUAUAGUCGAAUUAUUUUCUAGUAAUUUUUUCGUCUUCGUUUUUUUAUUCUUCGAUAAAGAUUUGUUUUUCAUUGGUUGACCGGUAGAAGAAAUUCCAUUGUUAGAUUUAUUCGUCAUAUUUUUAUUAAUUACGUUCUUUCUCGUGUCACCGAAUUUAUCCUUAUCCGUGAUAUUUAAAUUCCCAUUGAUAUUUUUCGCAUUUGUUACGAUUGAUUUUUGAUUACGUUUAAUCGUAGAUGAAUUUUGUCGUAUUGCGAUCGUCAUAGAAUCCGAAAAUGAUUCGCGAACGUUUCCAUCCUUCGAUGAUUCCGUUUUUCCAACACACAAUUUAUCUUUUUUCGCGUUACCCAUUUUAUUCGUUUUACUUUUAUUAAUCUUUUUAACAGUAACAUUUAUUUUCUUGUCGUUACGUAUCGUUUUAAUUGUAUCAUCCUUCGCAUUAUUAUUAUUCUUAAAAGAUUUCGUCAAAUUCGUUUGCGCAUUUUUCUGCAUAAUUUGCAAAGGUCUAACGAUUUCAUUAUUCACAGACAAACUCGAUACUUUUGGUACAGUUUUGAAUGGUCCACUCAUGGAUUUGGAUAAUCCAUGUUGCAUUUUCAAAUGUUCAUUUUUAAUCGUUGAUCCUGGUAUCUAUGAGACACACACACACACACAUAUACAAAUAUAUUUAUUUUAAAUAAAAUCAAAUAUAUUUAAACUCAUCCUCGCGAUAUAUAUAUGUAUAUGAGAUCAUCAUAAAGCGUGAUAAAUACUUUGCGUAAUUCCAUAGAAAAUGGCAUUUGCUUUUCUUUGAAAGUUUGUUUCCAACCAUAAGCCAUAGCGUAUUCUUUUUCCUUUUGGCUAAUAUCGGACCUCUUGUGCCUUCUGUAUAAAGCUUCCCAAAUAAAAUUAUCGUUAAAUACCUGAUUUUUAGAA